AUGUUCACUCAACUCAUUCUCUUACCUCUACUUGCUACUCUAGCAUUAGCAUCACCUAUCGCUCGACAAUCGACUACCGAAGGAAAGCGUAUUCGUUCAAUCUCCAAUCCUAGUUUGUGCGUCACCGUUCAAAACGGAUACGCGGCAUACGGUACCAACGUAGCCUUGUCAGGUUGUGGAGACGAAACUUCUUUCACUGAAUUUCAAUUAUUCUCCGCUGUUGGUCCUCAACGAGGCCUAAUCCAGUUGAUCUCAGAUGACAGAUACUGUUUAGAUGCCGGAGAUGAAGUUAAUGGAGGCGGUAUCACCCUUCAAGGAUGUGACGAUUCAAUAGAUUCUCAAAUUUUCACUGUAGGAACUACCGGUACAGGUAGUGAACCAAAUUUGAGGUUGGCUGUAGGAUCAAGUGAAUCUCAAUGUCUUGACGUAGAGAAAGAUAGUACUCCAGUCAACGCUAAACCGUAUGGAUCCGUAAAAGACUUACAAACAUGGGAAUGCCAUGAUGCUGAUAGCCCUGAUGCCGCUCAACAAUACUUCGAGCUUGUAUAA